CUUGCGGAUGUGCGGAAGGAGCGCCACGGACGGACACCACGGAGCGCAAAAAGGCACACAGCGAGGAUACUACAAAACGCAUGACAGUGUCUACUCCCACUCCACCGUUCCGCGCGUAGUCCUUGACCAAGUAUGACAACCGAGACCUAUCUGGACCUGACCUACGAGCGCGGCAAGGGCUCGAAGAGACCGCCCAGACCAAAGCUGCUGAAGCUGACGGAUGUCACAAUACCGCAUCGCAGCCGCAAGAAAAGCAAAGUCAAGACAAAGGACCGCUCGGCCACUCUAGUGCGGGAGCGAAUCUACGAUGACCCCGCCUACACCGAGGACAUCAGCCACCUGGCCAAUCCCAUGCGGCGUGGCAGCGUGCCCGGCAAGCACUCCGCCGAGCAGUCGAAGGCAAAGUCCGACGUCGCCGGGCAGUCAGCAUCGGGCAGCGGUCUGCUGAGCAAGCACCAGCUGACCAAGGAGCUCCACCAGUAUGUUUCGGGCAAGCAGGGCAAGUACAAGGGCUCCAACAGCGCCAGCAGCGGGCCCUCAGGGAGUGCCGCUGUCAGCGCCAGCUACGACUGUGGCGGCUCCAGCAGCUCCGACAACGAGACGCUGGAGCCGAUGACCAAGGCCAGCAGCAUGACUCGGCGCGUACGCAGCCUGGAGCGAAGCCUGGCCACGGAGAGAAGCGACAAGAAGGCGACGCAGAAGCGCAACUCCAAGCAGAAGCGGAACCUCAGUCUCGACAACAGUCGACACCUGCUUUCGGGACAUGCCCAGCAUGGGCCAGGGGCAGGGGCAGGGGCCGGUGGCAAGCCCAGCAGGAAGAAGUAUCCGGAAGGCGGGCCGGAUGCCGCCCAGACGGAGGCCAGCGAGCUGGACGCAGACGUGUACUCCGUGCGGAGCUCAGUGCAGGAUUCGGCGGCCACAGUACCUACGGCGGAGACGGCUGCCGAGACAGCGGCGAAGGUGGCCAUCGGCAAACGCUUCCUGCGCGGCGAGAUCGGUAUCAAAAGCUUUAACUACUAUCUGCUGAAGGAGGGCCUCAAGAGCUCCAAGAAGAUGGUGGGGAAGCAGCGCGGCAGCACGUUGCACAGCGAGGAGGCGGAUCUGGCCUCUGCCAGAUCCGAGAAAAUGCACUCCCGCAGCGAGGAGAACAUCUAUGAGGAGAUCUUCUUCCAGGACACACCCAGCGCCGUACCCCCUUCAACGACAGCAUUGGUCGCACCUCCACAACCCCCGGACAAGGAGCCGCAUCACAGCCAUCCCCAGCAGCCCCACAAGGGGGCGGCACCGGGGGCGCCUCACGCCCUGAUUGGGCCCAGCGAGGGCAGUGCCGUGGGGGUCUUUGCCGACUGUGAGCUCUGCAUGGAGCAGUGCAGCAAGGACAGCUGUGGGUACUGUUUGGCCCAGGCAGUGCAAGGGGUGCGGAAGAAGCAGCAGCAGCAGCAGCAGCAGGGGCAGGGGCAGGGGUACCACGAGGAAACCAGCGAUCCACGGGGCACAGCCCCGGUCGGGCUGCCCGCCGCCCACAUCCUGGAGUUCCAGUCGUACAACCCCAACAAUCCGGGCGUGUACAAAAUCGAAACGACACCUGUGGCCAUCACGGGAGACUACAAUCCGAUACUGCAGUUCCAGCAAUCCGACUCCCUGCCCCACCAUAAGUACAACACAAUGACGCGGCUGGAGGGGAACGUGUUUGCCGCGCCCACCACAGGGGACCUGUACUACGCAGUCGGCGGGACGGCCCCCCUGCACCCUCUGAUGUAUGCGGCCAGUCGGCCGAUCGGCGGCUCCCAGAUACUGAUCGACCCCUACGACCCGCCGCAGAUGUACAAAAGCGACUCGAAGGCCUCCAUCCUGAGCGAGUUCUCGCUCCGCAGCAGCGACAACUCGCAGCGCUACGCGCGCUACGGCGGGGGCCACCGGCGGCAUGGCGCCGGCCGCGUCAGCGACUCCAGCCUCUUUUCGGUGUACUCCAACUCCGGCCAGAGGCGGUACUUCGGCAGCUCGGAGAGCCGCUUCGGAUACGAUUGCCGGCGCUGCAGUCUGGACGGCAUCAUUGGCAUGGGCUCGGCCAUGGGGGGAAUGGGCGGUAUGGGGGCCAUGGGGGCUGCUGCGGCCCCCUCCGACAAGUGCAGCUACUCGGACAACUGUCGCUACGAGUGCAGGAACUGCGACUGUUCCUCCAAUUACUUCAGCUCCGAUUUCGACGACUUGUACGGGUCCAUGGCUCGUGGCGGGAGCAGCGGCAUACCACGCAAGACUGCGGCAGGGACGCUGCCCUCCAGUUCGCAGGACGACAGCGCGGAUCUGAAGGAGAAGCCCCCGCCGCCGCCGUUCCUGCAGCAGCAGCAGUUCUCUGCCCCGCAGGACCUCAAGCAGAACAAAUACGCGCAGGACUUCUUCAAGCACGUGAACGACGUGAAGCGCAGCAUUUACCAGUCGGAAAUGCAGAGGAACAACAGUCUGGAGUCCUCCAGACGAGGACCCAGGACCGGCGGCAGCACUACCAACACUAUCAGGUCGAGCCCCAAGCGCGCUGCCUCCCAGGAGCCCAGCCAGGAGCCCGUCGUGACCACGCUGCCCUUGAGCAGGGGUCGUCCGGCCGCAGGAGCCAGGCCCACGCCGGCGCCCCGGACCAGUCUACAGUCGCAGUCCGUACUGCCGCCCACGUCCACGCCCAGAGACCCGACACCAACGAAGCGCAAGCCCCCAUCCAGUGGCCGGCGGGAGUAUCCUUCGCUGGACCGACUCGUGGCAUCCAGCACGGGAACGAUACCCAAGAGACACGGCCGGACAACGGCGGGCACGGACUCCCUGAGCCCGAAGCUUACGUCCAAGUCGGUGGACUCCGAGCCCAAGGACUCGAGGGCGGGGAACGCGGGCGAAGAACAGUUUACGCCGGGCAAGAGGCAUCAUCGGACGGGCGGCACAAAGUCCCAUCAGAACGUGCCUGGUCCCAGCACCCGGCGAAAGGACAUCCCAGCCCCCCCUCCACCAUCCCCGGCCACCUACUCCGACCUGCAGGAGCUGAAGGCGAACAUGGAGGGUCUGCAAGACGACACCAAGUCCCGGAGUCUCGAGAGUGAGACGAACGAAUCGCCAGCGUUGGCCAAGCCCAACGUUGUCACGGGACCCCAAAACGACAAGAACCCAGUGACAAGGCAGGCGGGGGCACCGGUGGCAUCGCUGCCAUCGGUGGCUCCCUUGAAAAUCACAAUCGCUCUGACGGAUAUGGACAUGCAAGCGGAAUCUUCCAACGGAAGUCCACCAUCGGUAUCGGCAUCAGCAUCGGCAUCGGUAUCGGCAUCGGUAUCGGGUAUCGGUGCAGUGGACCAGGACGAUAACGAUGUGUUUUACGAUGCACGCAGCGAGAACUCCGGCGCGGGUUGCCUACCCACUGAGCCCCAAACUAAGGGCGCGUCCGGUACGGUGGCAGCCGCCGAGAACAGCAAGGAAACAAUUUACGGCAAAAUGGAACACUCGACCAAGGAUGUCAAUACCUUGUCCCGCACUGACCCCGUCGCAGGGGGCCCCGGACAGGCGGCGAACAUCUCGGGCACACCGGAAGGGAACGACAUUGGUGUUGCCAGCAGCAGCGACGGGGUGGGCACACCCUGCCAUGUUGCCAGCCAAGUGGGCCUGGACACAUGCCUAUGCGAGUCCGAGCUGGCAGACGCUGCACUAAGGGGGGGAGGGAGGGGCGAGGAAACGACAAGCAAAACAAGACACGACGAAAACACACCGACGAGCGCCAACGACCAACAUGCUGCCGCAACAUGUUUGCAGGGGAAGCAGACCAGUUUGCCAGCAACAACAAUUGGCGACGGCACUUCAACAAUCACCAACGCUGGAAACAUCAGCCCCAGCGAGGCCCCAGCCAGCACCAGCGCCAACACCACCGAUGUGGAUGUGGAUGUGGAUGUGGAUGCCGAUGCCGAUGCCGACGCCGAUGUCGAUGUCGAGUUCAGUUGCAAGACGGGCAACACGGACAGCGCAACGCUAACGCACAGCGAUCGGACCCUCGAUAUACCUGUACUUGUGACAGCCGCAGAGAUUCCGGCACAGUCGCGACUACUGACGCGCCAGGACUACGCCUGCCUCGACUCCAGUGAGGCACAAUCGGACGAUAGUCACCUGACCCGCGAUUCCGUGACGCGCGAGUCCCAGAACGAUGAACUCUCCUCGUCGACCCUCGAGAAACUAGACGUCAGCACCCUACCACUGCCCGCCCUGCCGAAGCGCCGUCGGCCCCGCUCCCGUGCCAGUCCCUCGAAGAACUUGCAGCAUCGGCAGCGUCAUGAAGACAUCGACAACGCCAAUGCAGUCGACACAUCGCCAGCAUCGUGCCAGCAACAGCCACACGCUAAGCCAAGACAGCGCGCCGACCCACCAGAGACACAAAAGUCAGAGAUAAGCGCGCCAAAAAACCACGCAGCCGCUCAAAAGCAAAAGCAAAAGCAGCAACAGCCACAGCCCCAGUCGCAGCACCUCUCCGCCUUCCAGCAGUACGUCGCAAAGCGGCGCGAAAGUCUCGAGGCGUCCAACCGCAGCUUCAACGAGAAGCUGGAGGCCCGCAGAAUGCACUAUCGCGUGGGCGGGGGAAGUGCCGCCAAUGUGACGACUGGCGCCAGCAGCGGAGUGCCCACCUAUCUGUUCGGGGAGCACUAUGAGGCGGGGGGCGGCCCCGGCCCCGGCUCCGGCUCCGGGCGCAAGUCCCUCUCGCCCGCCGCCAACAAGGAGGAAAUCUACCUAAACAAGUCCGGCUGGGUGCAAGUGAACACGAAGCGUGGCGGCUUCAAGGAGGACUGUGGUGGCGGCUAUCGACGUCAGCAGAACGGCGGCCCGGCCUCUGUCCUGCAGGACAACGGCAGGAGUCGAGCGACCGCACGCGCGAUUCCCAUGGACGCGCACGGACGUCGCUCAGAUCUGGCUCGCUAUUCGUUUAUAUACCAGCACCAGCAGCACCAGCAGCACCAGCAGCAGCAAUCGAACAUGGGCAUCGCGGAGCCCAAGUUCGUGGGGUCCAAAGUGGAGGAGCUGAUACAGCGGAACGAGGCGCGGCUUGGCGGGUUCUCCUCACGGGAUCCCGCCCUGCGUCCGGGCUACCGAAUCAUCGAUCCCCAGCUGGCGAGCAUCCUCAAUGAGCGGCCGGGCUUCCUGCCUGUGAAGAGCCCCAACGACUUGGACUCGCCCAUCACGCCCAUCCUGUCGCCGCCUCCCGCUUUCCAGGACAACAGCCGAAGCACGCGCCAGGUGGACCGCCGCAAGUCGAGUCGCCAGCAGGCGCCCAUCCCACUGCCGGUGCCCCUGCAGUCCGGCGAAGCGCAGCUCAGUCCGCAGCACCUGGCCAACGGGUCCGUCAAGGGCAUGGUCUUCUCCCGCAGCUUCGAGUACGACACGCGACGACCCACGCCCACCAACAGCUACGUGGAGACGUUCUCCCGCAGCUUCGACGGCAACCUGUCGGAGCGUCCGCUGCACCUGGGCAUGCCGCCACUGGCAGGACAGCGCGAGCGCUCCCCGAACUUCAGCACGCUGACCGGCAACUCGCCCAACUACCUGACGAAGCGGGAGAGCGGUGGCGGCAGCAGUGGCUCCCUUCGCAGUCGCGACAGCUCGCCCAAGUUCCUGAGUCCCCAGACGACCACCGCCUAUCUGAACACGUCGGUGAAGGAGGCGCCGCCGGCCUACAGCAUGGCCACAGGUGGGGGCGGCACGCAGGCCAAGUACUCACCGCGCUCGCGUCACGAGCGGACCUCGGAGCGAUCCAAGAGCCAUGCCCUGGGGCGCUCGCGCAAGUCCCAGUUCAACCGCAUGGGCAGCGCAGGACCUCCGGCAGCGCCGCCCUCCUCCCUGGGCAUGGGCAUGGGCAUGGGAGUCUCCCGCUUUCGCAGCUUCGACACAACAAAGAGCCAGCGCCUGAACUCCUGCGACAGCGGUGCGCGAUCGGAUCUUUCCAACGACGAGCUGGACAACGAGGACGGGGGCCUGAGCGAGUUCCUGUCGGCCGGCAGCCAAAAGUUCCCGAAACCCUGCUCGAGCAGCGUCAGUAUCUCGCCGUUCAAGAUGCAGCGCCAGCGCUCACUCACGCCGGACCGGAACGAGUCGCACAGCUCGUCGAGCAGCCUGCGCAAACAGCGAUCGCUGACCCCAGAGUCGCGAUCCCUGACGCCCGAGGAGCGACGCAAGAAGGGCUCCCAGCUGUCGCUGUUGGGCUCACGCCAGAACUCCGGUUGCUCCGGAUCCAGGAGCAACACGUUGGAGGCACGGCAACGCCACGAGGACAAGACGCCGCCCAACAUCUCCCGCAGCUCUUCCAGCUCCAGCUACAGUGGCGGAGAGCCGCAUGACCGCCUCAUGGCCGCCGGCACCAGUUCGACAGUGGCCCCCGGACCGGGGUCCGGAUCCACCAGCCAUCGCCGGGCCAUGGCCGCCGCCCACAGUGCCGCCAAGCAGGCGGAGCACGAGCACCGCAUCAGACGGUCGAGGUCCCUGCAACUGAGCGAGCGCUCCCCGAAUCGAGCGCACAAGUCAAUCGUCAACGUGGGUGCCGGGUCCGCCCAGCAGCCGCAGCAGCAGCCGCCACAACAGCCGCCAGGGUCCUCCUAUCAGCAAUCCCGGGUCAGUCUGGGGGUCAGUGGCGUCUUUCCGCCCACCAUUCGCACGUCCCCGGCCAGCAACAAAAUACUGGCCCCCUCGGCAGGGUCGUCCGGCAGUGCGACGAGGCCGCGGCAGAACGAGACGGACAAGGCGCGGUCCUUCGACUUUGAUUACAACAACUUCAACCGCAGCGGCGGCGCUAAGGCCAAGCCCCCGCGAUCCACUCACACGAGCGGCAGUGGGGGCGACAGCGGAAGCAACCAGAACCUGCGCAUAGAGCGGGAGACGCGCUCCUUCGACGAGGACUAUCGCGAGGCAGUGCUCAACAACAACAACGGGAGCAGUGGCAGCGUCAGCGUCAGCGGGCUGCGUUACCUGCAGCCUGCGGCCGAGGCCGCCCUUGUGCCGGUCGUCUCCGCCUCGACGUCCCGCCUGCGGCAGUCGAAUUCCCCCGUGAACGCCUCCGGCAUCGAGUACGCUGCCUCGCGAUCGCCCCAGUCCUCGGGCUCCUCGUCGAAUGCCCUGCACCAGCCGCAGCGAAAAACAGGCAGCCCCCAGAGCUACGGAACGCGGCUCUGCGACCAUGAGCUCACGUACGAGAUGCUCCGCAAGUCGCCGAUCAUGAACUUCCGCCGCGGAGACAGCAGUGACUACGAGCUGCCCGUCCUGCUCCGGAACAGGGAGACCAUCAACUCCGGCGGCAACAGCGAGCUGAACUUCAUGAGCAACGAGACGCGGAUCUACGAGCACCCGACGACGGUGCUGAAGUCGCAGCGCUCCCUCCGCCAGAGCCCGGGAUCGCGGGACGACAUACCACUGGAGGUGGCCGUGGGCGUGGGGGGCGACUACAUAUACAGGCAGGCGCCCGCCCAGCCGCGCAGCAGCAGGUACUAAGGCGCCUGAGGAGCUCCGCUCAGCUCAGACGCCCCAGCAGCACUCAUAACCUACUAGCCACGAACUCCCCGCUAACUCUAUUUAUAACCAA